GAUGCGGGUCUUAUUUGUUCUCUCCAGCAGGAGGGCGUUCCGCUGAAGAAGACACAAACACAGUGCGCUGCGUUAUGCCGGCUGGUUGACGUUUGGAUGCUGUCAAAGCUUCGAGGUUUGUCUCACACUGAACAUCCAGCGUCGGGCCUUCUUUGAUGUUAGCCUUCCUGCUGGUUUCACUGCCGGGGGAAAGGCGACAGAGGAGGCCGGACUUGAAGACAUGGAGGCUAUCCGUCCUUGCAGAGGGAGUGAGCUGUAGGACGUGGUGAUUACUACAGAGUGUCUCCUCUCAUAUUAUGGACCCUGCCCACAUUGGAGGGGAUAUGUCACCUUUGUAUGUGCCACGAAAGAGAAGAUCUGUCCAGUCACAAGCGAAAGGUGGAGUGCCAUGUCCAGUUGUUCAGCGAUUGCCAGAAAGGACGUGUGAGUUAAAUUCAGCUGGAUAUCCCAAGAAUGACGAGUGUGAAGAGCAAGACGCCGUGAAGAUGAAAAGAACCUACGGGAGGAAAAGGUACGAGGAACUCCAGAGUGUUUCCAUGGGAACGGUAGAUUACCCCACCACCAGCUGCUCAAUGAUGUCAUCGGGUGGUCCGUCAAAUGGAGCGGAUCCAGGGUCCGUGGCUCCGCCCACUGCUAGGCUCUCUCCUAGAACCGCAGGGAAGGAUGUGUGGCCCGAAGGCCCCGAGGCGGGCAGGGAUCAGUCGCAGUCUCAGGACCAGAGCUGGACCUCCAGCAGGGACCGAGGCCCCGACGCCUGGGCCCCCGGGAGAGACCGAGGUCAGGACCAGGUGUGGAACUCUGGCAGGGAGCGAGCGGGACACUCCAGUCAGGACCAGACUUGGAUCCCAGGCAGGGACAGGGCCCAGUCUGGACCUGACCAGGCCUGGGUGACGGGCAGGGAUCGGGGACCUGAGCAGGGCUGGGCGGCCGGCAGAGACCGGGGUCAGGAUCAGGCCUGGAACGCAGACAGGGAUCAAGGGAGGGAGCGGGCCUCCUCGGGGCCGGAGCAGGCGUGGGGGACAGAACAAAACCAAGACCAAGACUGGAGCAGAGACAGAGGGCACGUCUGGAGACCAGACUUGAACAUGAAGAAAGUCAACAGAGGGGAGAUGGAGCGUGGCCAACCUGCCAGUAACCUCACUCAGCCACCAGAGGGCAGCAGAAACUCAUGUUCAGAUGUAAACAGUGUUGGCGAAACUUCCACAGCCCAACCCAGCGAGGAUCAGAAACCGCCCGUCAUCUCCACAAAGAAGGAGCCUCCUAGCUACCCUCCAGGAAGCCAGGAGGAGCGUUGGCAGCUUCAGAUUGUGGCCAAAGGUCGAGUCACCUGUCCAAAAUGUAAAAGUGUGAGCAGGAAGACGGUGGAGGGUCUGAAGAAACACAUGGAGAACUGCAGACUGCAACCGUACAUCUGUCCACACUGUGGGAAACAGCUCAAGUCUUCAACAGGGAUGAAGUAUCACAUCAUGGCUGACCACAGCCAUCUGCCGUCAGCGGACGAUGUUAAGGACCUGGACGAUCGUGUCAUCAAAGAAAAACUUCGUAAAAUCCUGAAGAGACUCGGAAAACUAAAAUGCUCCAAAGAGGGCUGUACCGCUGCGUUCACCAGCAUCAUGGGCUACGUGUACCACAUGAAGAAGUGUGGAAAGGAGGAGUCUGAGCUGGAGAAAAUGCUGCUGAACUGUUCUCACUGCGGGAAGACAUACAAAUCGAAGGCCGGUCUGGAGUACCACCUGAAAUCAGAGCAUGCUCCAACGCCCCUGAAGACCGAGGACGACGAGGCUCUGAAGGCCCAGAAGGAGGCCAACCCGGAGAGGACGGCGAGCGGCAGGGUGCAGCGAGCGUCGGCUCAGGUGGCAAACUUCCACCUGGCGGAGAUCGCCAACAACGAUCUGCCCAAAGACUGGCCCAAGAGGAAGUUCCAGUCGGACCUGGUGCCAGAUGACAAAAAGUUGAAAUAUUCCCGACCCGGCCUGCCCGCCUUCAGCCAGGAGGUGCUUAGAAAGUGGAAGAACGAGGUGAAGCUGCAGAGAAAAGUCCACUGUCCCAACCAGGGUUGUGACUGCACCUACACGAGUGUGUCUGGACUGAAAGCUCAUCUGGGACUCUGCACAAGGGGCGACUUUGAGGCUGGUAAAUACAGAUGUCUGAUCUGCAACAAAGAGUUUAACUCUGAGAGUGGAGUCAAAUACCACAUCAACUCUGUCCAUUCACAGGACUGGUUUGUGACCAACAAAAAAGCCUCCAAGAAGUUUGAAAAGUUCCUCAAAAGUCAACCCAAGGAGUUCGCCCACAGCGUGGACAAGCAGAACAUGGAUCAGUACCACCACAACCACCACCUUCAGCAUCAUCAUCAGCAGCUUCACCAUCCUCACCAACACCAUCAGCAUCAUCAUCAUCAUCAUCUUCAUCACCAUCACCAGCAGCAGCAGCAGCAGCAGCAUCAGAUCCAGCACCAACACCUGCAGCACCCUCUGCAGCCUCUGCAUCACCUGCAGCACCAGAGCCAGUUCCUGCAUCCGGAGCACCAGAGCCUCCCUCAGCAGGUGGACCCCCAGCAGCUCCAUCAGCACAUACUCCAAUACACCCCUUUGGAGCCUGCGCCCGGGCCCAUGUGGGUGGACAUGGACCGCAGGGAGGACGAGCCGGUGUCGGAGCAGGCGCCCAUCGAGACGGACCUGGACAUCAAACCCGUCGAGCUGAACAGCGUCAUCAUGGUGGAGGAGAAGAGGAGGGAGAAGGGCGAGAGAAGGAAGGUCGACGGGAAGCAGAAGGAGUGCUUUGCCUUCGGCGGCGGCAACACCUGCAGCUCAUGCAGCGAGGCGGAGGCGGAGCAGCAGCAGCAGCAGCAGCAGGACAGGCAGAGACAGAUCGACCAGUGGAAUCUGAAACGGCCGGGCGUCAUGGAGCCUCACCCUGAUGCUGAAAAACGACAGAGGAACGCUUAAAAAAAGUUACACUUUCCUUCACCUGCGUCUGAUUGGAUUUGAACAGCGAUAGAAGAAGAAGAAGAAGAAGAAGAAGAAGGGUGUUUGUCUGUAGACAUGAAGACAACAAACCUGUGUGUCUCUUUUCACCACGGGACAAAACGCUUGAGAAGGCAGCUGGAGCUACGACUUAUAACUUUUGAAAGUAGAUUAAGCAUUUAUACAACUAUGGAUACCUUAAGAAGAACCUCAAAGGUGGCGGCGUGGAUAUAUAAAACUGUAUACACGUCAAGUUUGGAGGCUGUUUGUCCGUCUUAAAAAUGGUUGUUACUGUAUAGCCUUGAGAAAUCUAGUAUACUGUUUAUCUGUGUGUUAACCUGUAACAGAUUCUUUACACCAACGUUAAAUGUGUCCGAUUCUGUUCGAACGUUUGAUAAACCUUCUCGUCUUUCAUGUUUACCUACAAGGGAGCGUUUAACCGUAAAGGGGAGGGUACUACAGUGAAGUAUUUUGUUAGUCUUGUUUAGCUGCUCUCUAUAAAAAAAGAUUUUGUGCCUCUUGAGUAUGAUCCGUAGAGCGUCAUACAACUCAUCACCACUUUUACUUAAAAAGCUUUUUCUGCUAUAAUGAGCUAGACGAGAAUAGUUCUCUCUGGUUUCACCCUGUCCCCUCCCUGUGCCAUCUUAUAAAAAGUGCAGUUUGACUUAAAGGUCACAUAUUAUACAAAAUACACUUCACCAUGUUUCUUUAACUCUAAUAUGUGUCUCUAGU